UUUCUCCUUGGCGUUUGGUUUUCGAGAAAGUACAACUCGGAAAAUAGAAAUUUUCUCGAGAAAACCCUUACUCUUCCCCCAACCAACCUUUCACUCUUCUUUACUCUCUUCACUCUCUUCUCUUCUUCGUUGUUGCCGCUCUACUAUCCUGCACAAAUCCACCAUCUGAUUCUCGCUCUUAAUCCAUUUCUUCCAUUUGGCUGGGAAUUUCUUUAUAGAGUGGUGCUCUGACUUACAUCGUACAACCAUCAUUGUCUUGUGCUUUUUAAGUUCUCCUCAUUAUCUUCUCCAAUUGAAACAACCCACUAUACAAACUUGCACGUCAAACCUUAGUGUGGCACAUCCCAGUCUGUCUAAGAGUCAUCACAAGCAUAUAACCAGCACAUGUUUCUAGAUGACUAAAAGAAUGGAAUCGUAUGGCCUGCUAGGCCAAAGAAGGGAUGUAAAGCACAAAGGAAGGAAUGUUGUUUGGUCAGUUGCAAUGGACAAGUGCCUUAUUGAAGCUCUUGCUAUUCAGGCAAGAAAUGGGAAUAAAAUUGACAGAUGCUUUAAUGAAAAUGCAUAUACAGCUGCAUGUAUUGCUGUAAAUAGCCAUUUUAACUUAAACUUGAACAAUCAGAAAGUUAUCAAUCGUCUAAAGACGAUUAAGAAGAGGUACAAAGUAAUCAAGGAUAUUCUUUGUAGAGAUGGAUUUCGGUGGAAUCCGACUUCAAAGAUGAUUGAGUGUGACAGUGAAGACCUUUGGAAGAGAUAUGUGGCAGCACACCCCGAUGCGAGAGGAAUCAGAGGGAAGCCAAUAGAGAUGUAUGAUGAACUAAACAUUGUUUGUGGCAAUUAUCAGGCCCCGAGUCAAUGGGCGAAGAUGAAGGACGGAAACCGUUCACUUCAAGUCAGGAAUUUUGAGGAAGAGUCUGCAUCAUUUCACUCCCCAAGCUCGGAAGAUCUUAGUGAAACAGAUAAUACAGAGUCAUAUACUGGACCGUCUGAAUAUGCAGAACUGCCCAAUGGUAGUCAAGACCCUCUACCAAACAACCCGACGAGACAACAACCUAAGAGACCACGGUCAUCUGAGGCUCUCCAAGAUGCAAUGCUGGCUGUGGCGUCUAGUAUUCGUCGUCUGGCCGAUGCAAUGGAACUGAGCAAGCACUCGAUAGAUGCUAAUGAACUGUUAGAAGCCGUAAUGGAGGUUGAUGGUUUGGAGGAGGCUAAACAGAUGUACGCCUUCGAAUAUUUGAACGCUGAUCCAGUGAAAGCCCGAGCGUUCUUGACAUAUAAUGCUCGAAUGAGGAAGAUUUAUUUGUUUCGCCAGUUUUGGUGGUGGAAGUAAUCAUCAGCCAUUGUUUGCUUCCUGUGUACUACGUGAGAUAGAUUAUAUUGAACUUGUUUUUAUCAUUAUUUGCACAUUAUUGGAACCAUUUCUGAUUGGUACUAUGAAUGUAAAUGUAUAGAUAAUUCAAUUGAAGAGAUACUGACAUUGCAGAAA